UUAAGGAGAGUGGCAGAGGUCAUUUACUUCCGGGGCGCACGGAAAAUAAACAGCUAGCGGUAGUUGGCUAAAGCCAAUGCUACUGUUUCACAAAUGCGUGUAACUCGUCUUAGGUCUAUAUCGAUGAUGUAAGGCGUAUUUAUUGACUAGAAAUCAUCUUCUGGAGCUUGCUCGUUUGGCCCCAUCUGCUGUCCUAAAGCUCAUAUCUACACGCUGGAAACAUGACAGAGCCACGCAGCUCAGGAAUGACCUCUCCGCCUCAGACAGCCCCCGUGCACGCUGACUCCGCCCCUCCGGCCGCAGACAUGGACCCAGUGGAGUACACCCUUAGGAAGCGCCUCCCCCGGAAACUACCGAAGAGACGGAACGACGUCUACGUCAACAUGAAGACGGAUUUCCGCGCUCAGCUGGCACGCUGUCAGAAGCUGCUGGACGGUGGGGGUCACAGGGAGAUCUGCGUCCACGGCCUGGGCCUGGCCAUCAACAGGGCCAUCAACAUCGCCCUUCAACUGCAGGCCAGCAGCCAGGGGGCGCUGCAGCUGGCUGCCAACACCUCCACGGUGGAGCUAGUGGACGACCUCGAGCCAGAAGAUCCCGACGAGGCCGGCGAGCCAAUGACGCGCACCCGCAACAACUCGGCCAUUCAUAUCAAGGUCUUCUACCCUGAUGCUCAGUGAGCUGAAUAGAAGUCCUUCUUGUUUCCUCGUGAAUAUAACAUUGUCAGAAGGCGGGACUGUGUGCAUGUGUUUGGACACCUCUGAGGACAGCAGCAGGAGACUGCCGAAUGGACAACGUGUUGGUUGAAUGCCCAUUUAACUGUGUUGUAAUACUCUAGUCUGUAAAACCUCUCUUGACUAAACAUAUUGAGCAUGUUGAAUUGUUGCUGUCAUUUAUUUUUUUUACUUUGCAAGUCGUCUAGCAGCAGAGGUGUUUGUCAGGUGAACCCUCGCGUAUUUAACUACUUGUAGACAUGGCUGUGUUAAAUUUAAAGGGACUGUUCAAGUGUUAAUGUUAGAAAAGCUGAAGAAUACAAAGCUUUUACUUUCAAACAAGUUGUAGUAGUAAAUGUCCACUAGAUGUCACCACUGUAAAUCAAUUUAAAUUUGGUUUUCAGAACACUGAACUGCUGGUGGUGUUAAUCUUUAUGUAUGUAAUGGACCGUUUUGGGGAAAACUGUGUAUUUGAUUUCUUGACUAAAAAUAAAUUGUACAUUCAAUGUG